AUGGAAGAUGACAUUGGAAAUCAUGGUGAAAGUCCAGCACAAACAAUUGAGUCGAAUGAUCCUCCGGCCACUUUGGAAGAAACUCCUAAAAUUGGAAUGGAGUUUAAUUCGGAAGAAGAUGCAUAUCAGUUCUACUUAUCUUAUGCCAAGAAAGUAGGUUUUGGCGUUAAAAAACACAAAUUUCAUAAGGUAAGUGGAAAUAUGAUUGAUAGGCAAUUUGUUUGUAGUGCCGAAGGUCAAAAGAGAGAAGAUAAAAGAAAUGUCAAUGUGAAAAAUCUACGAGCUAUAACAAGAUUUGGAUGCAAGGCUAUGAUGAAAAUUUGUUUGAGAGAUGGCAAGAAAUAUCAAGUAUCUAAGUUUGUGUCGGACUAUAAUCAUAAUUUGACUAGUCCUCAAAAAUCUCAUUUUUUUCUAUCCCACAUAAUGAUAGAGGAUGCUUAUGCUGCGCAAAUUGAUAUGGCCGAAUGUGUGGGACUUACUCCAAAAGUCUCAUACGAUCUCAUGGUUAAAGGAGCAGGAGGCUGA